AGCUAGAAAAUUACUCUAGUGCUUUUUUUGUGACGUAGCCUUCUUGUUUGAACCAUUCUCAGAGCUCUUCGCGACAAUGCGUGACGUAGCAGAACACACUAAGUACUGUAGUUAAGUAGAUUAGUAAGUUAAAUAGGAGUUGCAACGGAAGAUCGAGAUACAGGUGUGUUGUAAAACAGUACUCUACGCUGCAAUAAACUGUUCGCAGAUGGCCUAUACAACCUACAUAGCGAUAAUUUCAACUCUCACGAUUACAAUGAUCGUCGCCGAUAUAAAAGAUCCUGUGGAGGAUUUGGAUCUCAGAAGCGAGGCAGUGCUCAAAGAGAAGUGGGAUGAGUACAAAUCAGCAUUCAAGAAGAAUUACAAAACUCCUGAAGAGGAUGAGUACAGGUUUCAUGUUUUCAGCAAUAAUAUAAAGCAAAUUCAAAUAUGGAACGAUCAGGCGAUGGAAAGGAACAAAUACGGAAUCACAAAAUACGCCGACCUCACUAAGGAGGAAAUGUAUCGCCAUACAGGAUUUGUUCCUGACGAAUAUGCGCUUUAAGGAGCCUCUCGUCCGAGAUGCUGCGACUGUUAAGGACAUCCUCGAACUUCCGAAAUCGUUUCUCCGUUGCGCAAUUCACUACUGCUGUAAUUUUAAACAUAUGAUCAUGGAUGAAACCUGCCGUCAUUUCCUUUUUUUCCUCUUUCUUUCUAAUGGUAGAUUUCUGAAUUGAUUCGCAGUGGCUUUUGUCAUUACUCAGGGGAAGUAGGUAUGGAGUACGAAAGUUUUUGCCAGCACAUUUGAAAAGUGAGAAAGAAGAAGAGUCCAGUUUCUGUGUAUAUGAACUAGAUGCAAAAAUGUACAGUAUGUAAAGUAUUUAUCUUGAUUAUAGAAGGUAACAAAAUGCCUGCUUGACUUGAUUUUAUUGGUUUAAAAUGAAACUGUCAGACUCUGAUCCAACAUCAAUACACCAAGUGUUCUGACUCAA